AUGGAAUCCAGGAUGGCUUCUGCAUGUCCUGUUGGUGUCAAUCCGCAUGUCCCCGGCUUCCCUUUGUGGGAUCGGCACAGAAGGCAACGCGUGAGUGUCGGGUCGACUUCUGCCCUUCCUCUACGUCAGGGUGUACCCCGUUUACUCCCUGGCGUGCACCCUUUUGCCCUCGUGUCAACUCUGCCAUUUCUGGCCAAGCGGAGCAGAAAAACUAUUUGCAAUGCUGGACCUCGUGUGGCUGUAAUCGGUGCAGGGCCGGCAGGCCUGGCCUCAGCAGUGGCUUUGCGCAGAGAGUGUCCAGAUGUUGAUGUGAUGGUCUACGAGCGCUCUCCAGAAUUACGGCCUGGUGUGGGUGGUGGUGUUCAGCUACAUUCAGGGGCAGCAUUGCUUCAAGAUCUUGGAGUAGAUUUGAACUUUGCCCAAGCAAUGCGGCGCAUCCGGAGCAGAGCAGUGGAUGGCUCGGAGUUGCUCAAACUGGACCUAGUGAAACUGUUGGACUCGUUCAAACCUUUUGUUGGCUCUGUACGUCGACCAAAUGGGGAGCCAGCCAGCUGCACAGUCAUGCGUGAUGCGCUGCUGAGAGCAAUUGCAGAUCAGUUGCCAGUGGAGUCCAUCUCAUUGGGCAUGGAGCUAAAAGAUAUCCAAGCGAAGCAAGAACCUGGAAGAGUGACUUGCCAUUUUGCAGAUUCCACCAAGCAGGACUUUGAUUUGGUAAUUGCGGCUGAUGGCAUUGGUAGUCUUGCACGUGGUGUAGUCCUGCAGGAAGAUGAAGAACCGCGAUACACAGGACUUCGAAUUCAAUACGGUGUCAGAGAAGCUGGAGGAAGACCAACAGCUUGUGAGGAGGAGGUUCACCAAUGGUUUGGACAAGGUGUUUAUGCACUGACAGCAACCUAUGGUGGUUUGGAUGGCAAAAUGUUUGAAAUGCUUGCUGUGGUUUUUAGAGAUGAUGCUCCAGUGGCAGAGAAUCCAAACUGGAAUCCUGUAGAAGUCAAGGACAACUGCUUGGAGCGACUUCGUGCAGCAGGUCACCGUGAUGAGGUUUUGGAACUGGCGAAGAGCUGCAGCCGCUUCUUCGAGCUCGGAGUUUGUGAAAGGCCAUUGGGACUCAAUCGAUGGCAUCGAGAUCGAGUGGUGCUAGUAGGGGAUUCAGCCCACGCUAUGCCGCCAUUUCUGGGGCAGGGAGCAAACCAAGGCAUUCAAGAUGCAGUUUGCCUUGCCAGUGAGCUUCGUAACAGUGGUUUUGCAGAUUUUCGAAGUGAUGAAACUACUGAGCUAUCCUCUGGAAGUGCUGCCCGCAUGGACUCUGCAAUUGAAUCUGCCCUUUCUCGUUAUACUGCUAAGCGCCUGCCACCGGUCGCUUUGCUGGGGCUGGAAAGCAACUUUCUGGGACAAGUAGAGACUUUGCCUGGAGCAGUUGGCGCCUUCAUUCGUGAUAACUUCUUCCGGGCUUCUACUUCAUGUACACCUGCGGCUGAGCCGACCGCUGAUUGGGUGGACGUUGUGAUGCAAGAGACUCCUCUGGACGAGGAGAUUGCGACCGAGAAGUCCUUUGCCAUGCUCGAGCAGGUCAAUGGCGUGGAGGUGGAUUCAGCCCUCGCUUUUGCUGUCAACCUCUGGUUAGGGUUUCUGGUCAACCCGGCCGGGCCAAUUGCGCAAAUGGCGCCGGAGAAGCGUGAGAUUGUCAUGAACCUGCUCGCUGCAGUGGCCGACGGGCAACGAUUCACCAAGAAAGAAGUUGAACAGAUGCUGACAAGACUUAACUGGGCCACGAACGCAAUUUUCCUGGCCCAUUCUUUCCUUCAAACCAUUUGGACUUGGUUCAUGUCCCUGGAGAGCAGUGGCGUCCCAAGCCGUCUGCGGAUGAUUGCCAACCUCCUGAUGGCCUUGUUUUCUACUGACUACAAACAGGCCUCACCUUACAACUGGCGAGCGUAUUCAGCCGUAUCUGCAGAUGCCCCGCUUACGGCCAUUGCAAUGAGUGGCGAGGGUGUGAUUGGUAUGGCUCAGGUGAAGAAGGACGGUUACGUGCAGAACCUUGUUGUAAAGCCGAGCAGCCGCCGAAAGGGUGUUGCUUCACAGAUCAUUUGCUGGUGUGCCACGCAGUCAAGACGACGUGGGGCAACUCAGCUAUGGAUGCACGUAGAGCCAGGCAACGAGCCAGCAUUGAACUUCUACCGACGACUUGGCUUCGAGGUCGGUGAAGAAGAAGUUUACCGAGAACGACGCGCAGUGCGACUGACCAGGCUGCUGUGA